GAAAAAAAGCAGCAUCUUUUUCAUGAAAUUGCAUAGCAGUCCCAGUUUCCCCAAAAACCUAUUUCAUAAUUCAGAGAUUCAGUGAGUGAGAGCAGGAUGAGCAUGUAUGGAUACGAUGUAUCUUUCUACGAUUACGGGUUUUCCGAUCCGGCAAUCACCAGUUCUCUCUAUGGAAAUUCUCUUUCUCCGAUGGCAGCUGCAAUGGACUAUGAUGAUGGUGUUUAUGUUAGACGAAGGCCGCCUACGAGGUUGGGACCUUCAAGUAAAAACCCUAGCAGCCCGCCGAAGCACCGUCAUGAUGGCACUUCUCCUCUCCCUUUAGGCAUGGACUGGAGUCUUCCUCCUCGUAUUUGGGAAGGCAGAAAUUCUGUUUGGCCACAUGAUUCCCGCAGGGGAUGGAGUUACUGUGUCACAGUCCCCUCUUGGACUAUCGUAUCAUCUGCAGGCGGUUCAGACACUGUUUUUUUCAGGGUCCAGGUUGGUAUACUAUCACCAGAAGGGACCACCACAACUCGAGGAGUACUAAGAAGGUUUAAUGAUUUCUUGACACUGCAUUCAGAGCUCAGAAAGGAAUUCCCUAAGAAAAAUUUACCCCCAGCUCCUCCAAGGAGGCUUAUGAAAAUGAGAAGCUCGACACUUUUGGAAGAGCGAAGAUGUGCUUUGGAGGUUUGGGUGGAGAAGCUAUUUUCCGAUAUUGAUGUGUCUAGAACUGCUCUUGUGGCCAUCUUUUUGGAGCUAGAAGCUGCGGCAAGGCAAUCAUGUUGUGAGUUGCUAGAGGAAGAAUCAGCUGCAAAUUUGGUUUCAUCGAAUCAAUUUCCUUCCAAUUCAGGGAUUUCAAGCAGUUCAUCCAUUUCAUCCGAUCUUAGGGCCCCAAGGCCGGAAAAGGAGAAUUAUGCUGAACCUAACAUAGACAAUGCAUCUGAGAGAGAAAACUUCAGGGAUAAUUCAUCUGUAAAUACUUUUGAUGGACUCAGAGAAGACUUUGCUGAAGGGAAGCAUGACAUAUCAAAUCAGCACAAAAUACUAUACAGGAAAAGUGACACAACUAUAGAUGGUUAUCAUGAUGAUGGAGGAGUGUUGGAGACUUCUGGCCUAGACUCUGAUUUUGGUGGUCAUGCUUCGGAGUCCUCUGAUAAGAGCAUAGGAAAAGAUGUAAGCUCAAUAAGAGCUUGUGAAACUUGUAAUUCGGGGUUAGGAAGUUCGGUUGGUGAUAGCAGUCUACAAGGUUUACAGGGUGAUUUAGUAGUUGCACUUCCAUCAGAGGAGCGUCACAAAGUAAACAGGGUUUUAACCACUGUGCAACAAAGAUUGGGCACAACCAAAAUGGACAUGGAAGAUCUCGUUGUAAGAUUAAAUCAAGAGAUUGUUGCAAGAGAAUACCUUACAACAAAGGUAAAAGAAUUGGAAAUGGAACUUGAAACAAGAAGCCAGAGCAGCAAAGAAAACGCGCAGCAAGCUAUUUCAACAGAAAGAGAAAGAUCAACUCAUCUGCAAUGGGAUAUGGAAGAGCUUCGAAGAAAGUGUAUGGAAUUUGAGUUGAAAUUGACAACCGAACAGGAUGCGAGAGCAUAUGCAGAAUCAAUGAAAGCAACGGCAAUCCAGCAGAAUGAACUGUUAAUAAAAGAAUUGGAUGAGGCCAGGGAGCAGGCUGAGAUUUUGAGGAAACAGCAAGAUGAGGUGGAAUUGAAAUCAAAAUCAGACCUUAAAAUCCUUGUUAAGGAGGUCAAAUCUCUUAGAACAUCUCAUUCAGAAUUGAAGCAGGAGCUUAGCAAAUGUUUGGAAGAAAAAGUUGAAUUAGAGAAGGAGAAGCAAAGAUGGGAAUCUGGAAAUGCUAUCAAGACGGCGUUGUUGCAUGAAUGUGAACUUCUUCACGACCGACUUCGAGAGUGUAGCGUUAAUUUCCUCUUCGAUGAAGAAAAUAAACUGAUAAUGGAUACUUCCUUAUCAGAUGCCAUCAAUCUCUUGGAAACAUCUGAUAGUCAAAUCAAUCUUCUGCUCGCCGAGGCACAGCUCCUCGUAGCCGAAGAUGUGAAAACCACUACCGGAGCUGCAGAUGAAAAUGACAUCCAGAUAAAUAGAGAUGAUGAAUUGAGGAGAUUGAUAGGUGAUAUUUUAGCUGACAAUGCAAAGUUGAGAAAACAAGUGAUCUCUGUCAUCCAUACACAACUGGCAAUAAAGGAUAAUGGUGAAGAUGAUGAUGCUUCAAUAAAAACUUCCCCCAGCAACUACCCCUAAGGCUCUCUUGAUCUAUCUACUUGUAAAUGAAUAAAUGGUAUCAGAGGAAGGAAUCUUUAAUUAUAAUCAUUUUGUAGCAAUUCUGUACCUGUUUCACAUAUAUAUGCAAGUUUGGCUGUUAAGUUAUAUAGCUUUA